GAAGAGAACUUUCAAAGAAUCACGAGCCAGGCGGGAAAGUUGGUUAUUCGUUCUGACCAAUCAAUUCACUCGUGUAGCAACGCCGCUGCGGAGUGUCUACAGCGGAGAGGGACGAGGAAGCGAACAUAUUAGUCUAUAAGAUAAACGAGUUAUUUUUCUUCUUCCAAUUUUAUACCCAAGGAGAUACUUCAGCGUAAACCAAGAACGAUGACUGGUUCGAACGAGUACAAACUGAACCAGGGACCAGAGGACAGUAUCUCUGCUGUGAAGUUCAGCCCCAGUACAGGCCAGUUCCUUCUAGUGUCCUCUUGGGACUGUACUGUCCGGCUCUACGAUGUGGCAGGAAACUCCAUGAGGAUCAAGUAUUCUCACCUGGCACCUGUGCUGGAUUGUGCUUUCUAUGACCCUACACAUGCCUGGAGCGGAGGCUUGGACACGCAGUUGAAAACCCACGACUUGAAUACAGAUCAAGAUACAAUAGUUGGGACACACGACGCCCCCAUUCGCUGUGUGGAAUACUGUCCAGAGGUCAACGUCAUGGUAACAGGUAGCUGGGAUAGGUCAGUCAGGCUGUGGGACCCCAGGACCCCCUGCAACGCUGGCACCUUCACACAACCUGAAAAGGUGUACACCCUCUCUGUGGCUGGUGACCGGCUGAUAGUGGGGACAGCAGGGAGGAGGGUGUUGGUCUGGGACCUGAGGAAUAUGGGCUACGUCCAGCAGAGGAGAGAGUCCAGUCUGAAAUACCAGACACGAGCCAUCAGGGCCUUCCCUAACAAACAGGGCUACGUCCUGAGCUCCAUAGAAGGACGUGUUGCUGUGGAGUACCUGGACCCCAGCCAGGAAAUGCAGAAGAAGAAGUACGCCUUCAAGUGCCACCGGCUGAAGGAGAACGGCAUAGAACAGGUCUAUCCCGUCAACGCCAUCUCCUUCCACGGUGUCCACAACACCUUCGCCACAGGUGGCUCAGACGGCUUUGUGAACAUCUGGGACCCUUUCAACAAGAAGCGCCUGUGUCAGUUUCACCGCUACCCCACGUCUAUCGCCUCCCUGGCCUUCAGUAACGACGGCUCCACGCUGGCCAUCGCCUCCUCUUACAUGCAAGAGCAGGGAGACAUCAGCCACCCGGAGGACACCAUCUUCAUCCGUCAGGUCACAGACGCAGAGACGAAGCCCAAGUGAGUUCGGGACAAGUCCUCCUGUCUGAUUCACACGGAUGGGGCCCGGUCUGAUUCUGAAACCGUGCUGCCUCGGGUAGUUUCUUUUCACGUUGUCUUCUUUCGGCACUGUUAGCUACAGCAACCACGAUACAGGAUUUACUUCAUGGUGGAUCCAGGCCAGCCCAGUACGGCUCGGCUCGGUUCGGCCCUAUAGUGUGAAGCAGAACAUCUGGUCCACAUCCCGGUGGUCUUGUCUGGACUGCAACGCCACACUGCCCCUCACACUUUUUUUGGUACAUAUGAAUGGCAGCAUUGACCAGGGAGCAGGCAGCUGGUAUUUAUCUGGCCAUCUAGCUCUCGCUCUCUUUAGCUCUCUCCAACUUUUUCAAUAUCCCCGUAGUUGACAGACCGAUGAGGACUUGACAAAAUGGCUGCCUCCUGAUCUGUAUGUGGAUGUGUGGCUCCAGGAGAGUCCUGAAGACAGCUGAAUGGCUCCAUCUAUACAAAACAACCUUCGCUGACCUUUGUUCAUCUGCCUAUAUUUGUUGGAUUUAAAAUUUUUUUUUUUUUUUUUUUACUGUUCCCAUUUAUUUGUACUUUAAAAAUGAAACGUGAAGCUUUAUUAACAAAUGUAAAAGGACUACACCCAUGUGUUUUCAGUUGUAUCUAGCCCCGCCCCCCUCAUAAACAGGUGAAAUUAGGUUGUAUCUAGCCCCGCCCCUCUAAUAAACUGGUGAAAUUAGGUUGUCUAGCCCCGCCCCUCUCAUAAACAGGUGAAAUUAGGUUGUAUCUAGCCCCGCCCCUCUAAUAAACUGGUGAAAUUAGGUUGUGUCUAGCCCCGCCCCUCUCAUAAACAGGUG